AUGCUCUCGAUUCAACUUUUUCUUGCAUUAGCAGCCUGUGUCUCUGCUGACCAGAUCUUUCAGGCCGUGGCUCAAGGUGGCUCUGUCAAUGGUCCUGUUACUUAUGACAAUGGCAAGAUAACUGUCAACAAGGGCAAUAGAGCACUGUUCAAUUUGCAAGAACCAAGUGGUUUCAUGACGGUUCAAGGUCAAUAUGUGGCCAAUACUCCUGAGGGAAUUGUGUUGGUUUCUGAUCAUGAUCAAGCCAGUAAAGAUUGGGGUAUUGAGAACAAUGAGGUUCGUUUCAAUAGUGCCGACGACAGAAGAAAGUUCUACGCUUGUCCUAGUGGCAACGGCUAUACGUUGCAAACAUUCUUCUGUGACGGAGGAUCACAGGUGGUGCUUCUGGUUAGCGGUUCUGGACUGGGCACUUCUCCCAGUGGAAGUGGUGCAAUUGGCAAUGCCGCAAAAUCGUCAGCAAACUCAGGUUCUGCUACUGCAGCUGCUGCUGCAACCACUGCGUCUUCAGCAAGAGGUGCAUCUACAAGUGCAUCUGCUGGCUCCAAAACUGGCUCCAAAACUGGUGCUGGUGCUGGCGGUGCCGCUACUGCAGCUUCUUCUGGGGCAUCCAGUCAAGCUUCGAAAGCUUCUGGUGUGUCUAGCAAGGCAUCUGGUGCUUCAAGUAAAGUUGCUGGUGCUUCUAGUUCUGCUGGUGCUUCCAGUAAUGCUUCUAGUGCUGCUUCCAGCAAAGCUUCAAGUGCUGCUUCUGGUUCCAUAACCAGUGCACACAGCUCUGGAGGCUCUGGAUCUGGAUCCAAGAGCAGCACAGGUGCUAGUUCCAAGGCCAGUUCCGCAGCUGGAGCUGGAGCUGGAGCUGGUUCCCGCAACUCGACUUCAAGUGCUCAACCAACUUCCAAAUCUUCUUCCAAGGAUAGCGGAUUUGGUGCUACUUCAUACGGAACUGGCUUGGCUGGAAUUGCCGUAGCGGUUGCAUUCUUGUUGUGA